AUGUCUCCGCCUCGCGAGAUCACAAUACCAAUAACCUCCACCACCUCCGACGCAAAGCCAUACACCCUCUAUCACAUCCGCGUUGCACAACCAAACUCCCUAAGACACAACAUCCAGAAAAAGCGAUACUCCGAAUUCACCGAUCUCAACACGGCUCUCCACAGCCAGACGGGCAGCUACCCACCCGCCUCACUACCGGCAAAGUCCUGGUUCGCACGCACAGUCAACAAUGCCGAACUCACAGGAGAGCGCCGUCGAGGACUCGAGACAUACCUGAAGGAAAUCGAAAAAGCAAUCGACUCAAAAUGGAAGAACGCGCCUGCAUACCGGGAAUUCCUGGGUCUGAACGACGAAAGUAGCGCGACGGACAGGCUGAGCAGUGCUGUUGGCUCCUCCAAGACACCCGAGAUCAGGACCGCAAGCGCCUGGCUCGACACGUAUGCCGAGCUCAAGACGAAGCUCCAGCAAGCGCGUCUCUUCCUAACCAGGCGCGAGCAAGCCACGAGCCCAGCAACGCAGAACGAUGCCUCCGUAAACGCGAAGAAAUGCCUCAUGCAGGCCUCCAGUUUCAUAAUGGCCCUGGAGUCUGGCCUUGCACUGCUGAGCGGGAAGAAAGGCACCACGGACGACGGGGGCUGGGCGAUUGAGCGGCUCGGCGACGGCGAGAUACGGCGGCGCAGAGACAUGAUUAGCACGGCGAAGAAGGAACGGGAGGGCCUAGACGGCGUUCUGAGUGCGGCUAUACCGAGUCCGGCUCUCCAGGACGCCAAGGCUAGCCUGUUCCAGGGCAGCAGUAUUGGACAAUCGUCGCGGAGAGUGUUGGGUGCACCGAAGGAGACGGAGAGGACGCGGGAGUUGGAUAACGAAGGGGUGCUGCAGCUGCAGAAACAGAUCAUGCAGGAGCAGGACGAGGAUGUGUUUGAUUUGACAAAGGCAGUGCGACGCAUGAAGGAGAUGGGAAUACAGAUCAACGAGGAGCUGCAUGACCAGAACGAGUUACUGGAAAUGCUGGAUGGAGACGUGGAGCGCGUGGAUGGCAAGAUACGGAUUGCCAACAAGAGAAUGAACAAGAUCAAGUGA